AGUCAAAGAAAAAGACAGUUAAGGAUGCAGGAGCCCAACAAUGGAUUUCUCCUUCUCUUUCAUGCAAGGGAUCAUGGGAAAUACAAUUCAGCAACCCCCUCAGCUCAUUGACUCAGCCAACAUCAGACAGGAAGGCACCUGCGACACCGGCAGUGAUCCAGGCGAGGAUGGUGGUCCCUCCUACGAUGCUGCCCUGGAUGCAGAGUUUUCCUACCCGCCGUCAGCCUCGGAGGACAUGUCGCAGGUCUCCAACGGCUACCCGCCUGGCCUGGGCAUGUACGAGCCACAGGCCAAGUUCUCCAUGUACUCACAGUUCCCCAACGGCUCCGCUAACGGCUACGGCGCCAUACGGAGCUACGGAGAUCAUGGUCUCAUGCCGGGGGAGGGGACGGUCCUGAGGGGGCCGGGCCUCCAGGAGAGACCUUUGUCUCCUGUGUCCCCACCUCUGCCCACGCAUCACCCGCACCUCCACCACCACCAUCAUCACCCGCAUCACCACCACCACGCGCACCACUUCCACUCCAAUCCACCGCACAUACAAACCCACUCGCACCCACAGAGUCCUCCGCCGCCGCCACUGCCCUCCCAGCACCACCUGCCCCACACGCCUCACAUCAUGACCCACACUCUCCCCCCUCCUCCCCCAUUGCUCCUGCCUUCCUCCAGUCCUCCCCCCUCCCUUGUGGACAGUACCCCGUCUUCUCAGCCCUCCCACACCCUGUCCAACACUCCCGGUGGGGUGCUGAAGAAAACCAGCUCUCCAGAGAUCAAGCUGAAGAUCAUAAAGACGUAUCAGAACGGGAAGGAGCUGUUUGAAUCUGCGCUGUGUGGAGACCUGCUGCAAGAACUGCAGAAGGAGUCUCAGAAGAACGAGGCCACUCAGAUGCAGCGCAGACAUGAGAGGAAGAAGGAGAAGAGGAAAAAGAGUGCGAGGUUGCAGCUGCAGGUCCAGGAACAGAAGCUGGAGCAGAGCCAAGCCCAGGCAGGUACCACGGAGCACACAGAGGACAUCCACAUCCAGCCCCAGCCGACAGAAACACCCCCAGCCCAGACAGAGAAGCCUCAAAAGACCGUUAUCAAAACUGAACCAAAGACGCCGAAGGUUCCGAAAGUCCAUCAUCCAUCAGUGAUCCAAGAGACGGGCUUCUGCAAGGAGUUUGUGAUAGGAGACCUGGUGUGGUCCAAGGUGGGCACCUACCCCUGGUGGCCCUGCAUGGUCUCCUCAGACCCGCAGAUGAAGGUCCACACUCGCAUCAACACCAGAGGUCACCGGGAGUAUCACGUCCAGUUCUUUGGCAGUGUUGCAGAGCGAGCGUGGAUCCAUGAGAAGAGGAUCGUCCUGUAUCAGGGGAAGCAACAGUUUGAUGAACUUCAGGCUGAGACUCUGCGCAAAGCCACAAACCCUGUAGAGAAACACAAACUCCUGAAGCCUAUCCCUCAGCGGGAGCGUUCCCAGUGGGAGGUGGGUGUGGGCCAUGCAGAGGACGCCUUCGUGAUGACGCGGCAGGAGCGAAUUGACAACUACACCUUCAUCUAUGUUGACCCAGACCCUAACGAAGGUACGACCAACAAGAAACCCAACAUCAGAGCGGAGAAACGAAACCGGCGCUCCAGCGGCUCAGUCAGUAAGAAGGAGGAGGGAGCCGUGAAGUCACCAGAGAGAGAGCAGCCGCCACGACGGCUGCUGCCACGCAGACAGUGUAGUGUUUCCAACACGGAGGACAACACAAACUCCCAGGCUUCAAAUGAAGAGAAGAACCAGAGGGGAGACCAGCGUAAGACCAUCUCCCCGAAACAGAACGCUGGUUGUGAUGCACGACCACAGCAGGACUCACCGCCACCAGUCAGGGCCUGGAAAACAGCAGCCGCCAGGAAGCUGCUGCCUCUCUCUAUCACCAUGAAGAGACUGAACGUGGAGAUCACAAAGUGCGACUGGCCUCUCCUGCAGAAAAAAGCAGCUCCGUCUCCGAAAAAAGACAGAGAAGAAGAGAAAGAGGAGAGAGUGGAGAGAGAGGCCCGGCAGCCCGACCUGGGAUACUGCUCACCUGAGGACAGCAGAGCAAAACCUGAGCCCAGUCCAGAGGAGGAGGAAGACGGGGAUGACGGAGAGGAAGAGGAGAGGAGAGGCUCCCCCGCUAGUCGGAGAAGUGAGGAGGGAGGAAUGCAGCAGACCUCCUCUCCUGGUUCACACCACAGUAGUCCACACGGUUCUCAGGAGAGGAAGCUGCAACGGCGGUCAGUCAGGAGCCGGUCUGAGUCAGAGAGAGGCAACGACCCCGUCCCCAAGAAGAAAACCAAAAAGGAACAGGUAUCAGUCCUCAGCAGAAAACCUGGUGCUCAGACCAUAGAAAUGGAAUGAAUAGAAAAACAUUUAACUUUUUGCCGUGGUACAAUAAAAAAAGGAGAUUGUUGUAAGUUGUUUUGGCAAUAAUAAAUGUCAGUGGGGCUGUGAAGUGUGUCACACUAACUAGUUUGAGAGCCUUUUUUUGGCCUAUUUUUUAUUAACUGUUUUCCAUAAUAAACCAAA